AAUAUUUUAAUAUUUAUAAGAAAAACACUAAGAAAAAAAUUGUCUGAAAAAAUUCUAAAUUUGUGUAAAAUUUUCCGUAAAAAAAACAUAAACUUAAAUAAGAAAAAAAGAAAUAAUAAUAUUAAACCAUCGCAAAAUCUUUCUUUGCAAAAUUCUUGAUAAAAAUUCGCAGUAUUUGAAAAAAAAAAACAAUAAAAUCUUAGUGAAAUAUAAAAUUGCUAAAUGGUGUGAUAACGCCGCGAGAUGGCGAAGAAGGGUGGAGUACAACAAUUACAGGCCGACAUACAAACCGAUGAGGACUUUGAGAAGUUCCUCGAGCGACCUGGUCUAUUGGUGUUGGAUAUCUACUCAGAAUGGUGUGGACCGUGUCUUGGUAUGGUUGGCAGUUUGCGUAAAAUAAAACUGGAAAUCGGUGGCGAUAAUUUACAUCUCGCGAUUUGCAAAUCGGAUACGAUCUCUUACUUGAAGCGUUUCUGCAAGAAGAGCGAACCAACAUGGAUGUUUGUUACUAAAGGCAAAGCUACCAAUCUGCUAUUCGGCUCCAACACACCGAAGCUAAUGAAACUGAUUGCCCAAGAGCUCGACAUGCUCAACAAGCCGCGCACAUUCUACGAUAUUACCGAGCUACAGCCGGAGGAGGAGCGCCGUCGCAAAGUGAAAUUGGACGCGCAGACGGAAGCGGUGAAUAAAGAAAAGGUGGCGAAGAAGAAGAAGCGACAUGAUUAUUUGAAUAUGAUGACAGACAUAAUCAUCGAGAACAUACCCGAUAUGGGUGUGACAGUUUUUGGGCCGCAAGUUAAUCGCGACAUGUAUAAGAAGCUAAUCGAGCCGGCGGAAAAUAUGAAACUGCAGUGUAAAGAUCGACGUGUCAUCAAUGUGAAUCGUGCCGAUUUCGAUGUGGUGAACUAUGCUUGCCCGAACCCGCUGUCCGAAGAUGUGCUCGAGCAAUUGGAUCAAAAGGAUUUGAUGAUGUGCUUUUGGAAAAUGCCAGAAGAUGAUCGUCGGCCCAUACCGGAGGUGUUGAAUAAAUAUGCGCACGAACUGACGAAGGAACGACAUGAAGUGGACGAUCUUACUGAAGAGGAGAUUGUGCAUCCGCCGAUUAUAGUACCGAUGGAUUUGACAAUUGAAAUUGAGCUACAAGAGGGUGAAGAAUGGGAGGAUGAACCAGAACCGGAACCGGAGCCCCCACCGAUGCACAAGAAAACGUUGCACGCCAAAAAAGAGGAACCACCAUCGCCGGCACCAGCUGCAGCUGCACCCGAGCCCGUUGAAGGUGAAGAAGAUGAAGGCGAAGAAGGUAGCGAAGGCGAUGAAGGUGGUGAAGGCGGCGAAGCGGGCGAAGGACCCGAAAUGCCAGAUCUUCCAAUGGAACCAUUCGAUCUCGAUUUUGAUUUAGAUGACGGUGAAGAGGGCGAAGACGAAGCCGAACCCGAGGCCGAGGUUGAGAUUAUUGUACAGAAGCGUUAUCGUAAGAAGAUCAUACGUAUACCACCGAUUUGGGUAGCGGGCAAUGCACGCACACAUGCGGCACUCAUUUACGUCUUCUUCCGUCAACAAACAUCCGGUUUCCUACCACCCGAUCCGCCGCCAGAACCGCCACACAUCAUUAUGGCCUUUGACGCGUACAAGAAACGUGAUCUAAUAAGCGUUAUGGAGCGACUGAAGGACGAUGUGCCGCGUUUCGGCUUCUUUACAAGCGACGAAGCCGAUGAGGCUAAAUUGAUCGCCAAUUCGGCAUCGAAAUAUUCCGCCUUGCCACAAAAUCCCUCGGACAAGAUUGUAUUCAAGGUUAACAAGCAAACCUCACACACAAUGCUCUCAUUGGCCACAUAUGGACCGAGCUAUGUCAGUCCGGACGCUGUGAUCGGACAUGAGGAGGCGCUCAAAUUCUUCCCCGAGUCAUAUAAGACCGCCGAACAAGAGGCAGUCGAAAUAGCCGAAAGGGAAUCUAUGAAACCAAAGAAGAAGAAGCAAAAGCGUUCCGUCAAGGGCGAGGCCGAUCAAGCACCAGCCACCAGUGCUGAAGAGAGCGGUGAGAGUCGACCAACAACUGCACCCGAUGGCGACGAAACCCUUGGCACAGACGCACAACUGGGCGACAGCGCCGCAGACGGUGAACAAGCGUCAGCCGCUGUGGAGGGCAGUGAAGCACUACCGGAAGGCAGCAUUGCGGCGCAGGCAGACGCUGAAGCGCCACCAGCAGCAGCAACAGGUGAGGAAGCGGCACCAGCACCGCCCGCAGAGCACGCUGAAGCGGAGGGUGGCGAAGUAGCAACCGCUGAAGCGCCAACAGAACCAGAAGUACACGCUGAAGCGCCGGCAGAGGCAGCGACAGAAGAAGCGCCGCCCGCCGAAUGAAAUCACACAAACAAAUUAAAUUAAAUUAGUGAUUUAUUUUGUAUUUUAUUAAUUUUUGGAAUUGAUUUCAAACAAUAUUUAUACAGCCGUUAGUGUGUAUAAAACAGUUAUAUAUACCAUAUAUAUAUUUGAUUACGGCAUUAAAUACACUUUAGUAAUUCAAGCAAAAGCAUACACAAUACCCGUUAAAUAAUUAGCUUAGCUUAACAAUGUAAUUAGCAGUAUUUAAAAAUAGAAUAAAUUAUGCUGAAUAUGUAACCAAAUACAUAGA